AUCAAACCGGCAGUCAAACUAGCCUACACUACGCCAAUCCAUUUUCUUUCUUCUUCCUUCGAUCCAAGCCUCUAACUCAUUCAAUGGCCGCCCAUUUUCCUCAUCAGCCACCAACACGACACCACCUCGCCGCCUUUCUCUCCACCGCUUUUCCUUCCUCUAAUUAAAUCCUAGCAUUUAACCGCAAGAAAUACUAUGAAGAUCUUGGCUUUUCUCUUUCUGUUUACUUUACCUGUCGUUUUUGCCAUUGAAGACGAUGUGACUUGCCUUGAAGGCUUGAAGAACUCGUUUACUGACCCACUCAGUCGACUCGCUUCCUGGGACUUGACUAACAACUCAGUUGCUUCUAUUUGCAAGCUGAAUGGUGUUGCUUGCUGGAACGAGAAGGAGAAUCGCAUUAUCAGUCUUAACCUCCCUGCGUCUGAGCUAUCCGGUCAGCUUCCCGAUUCUCUUAAGUACUGUCGUAGCCUCCAGACCUUAGAUCUUUCUAACAAUGCUCUUUCCGGUUCGAUUCCACCUCAAAUCUGUACCUGGUUGCCUUAUAUUGUUACUCUAGAUCUCUCCGGUAACAGCUUCUCCGGUGCCAUUCCUCCAGAAAUCGUUAACUGCAAGUUCUUGAAUAAUCUCAUUCUGAACGACAACAAGCUGUCCGGUUCGAUACCGUACGGUCUCGGUGGUCUUUCUCGGUUGAAACGAUUCUCGGUGGCAGACAACGAUCUGUCCGGUCAGUUACCGGCUGAUUUGGCGACGUUUCCAGAGGCUGAUUUUGAUGGGAACGAUGGACUUUGUGGUAGACCUCUUGGUAAGUGCGGUGGGUUGAGUGGUAAGAGCCUUGGAAUUAUAAUUGUUGCUGGUGUUAUUGGUGCUGCUGGGUCACUGAUUUUAGGGUUUGUGAUUUGGUGGUUGUUAUAUGUUAGAACAAGCGCGAAAAAGAAAGGUUAUGGUGAUGGUAGUGGCAAGGAUGAUUCUAGCUGGGUUGAGCUAUUAAGGUCACAUAAACUUGUUCAAGUCUCAUUGUUUCAAAAACCCAUUGUUAAGAUCAAGUUGGCUGAUCUAUUACUAGCCACUAACAAUUUUGAUUUGGAAAAUAUCCAGAUUUCUACUAGAACUGGAGUUUCGUACAAGGCUGUUUUGCCUGAUGGGUCUGCUCUUGCCAUUAAAAGGCUUAGUGCUUGUAAGCUGAGUGAGAAGCAGUUUAGGUCUGAGAUGAAUAGGUUAGGCCAACUCAGGCAUCCAAAUUUGGUGCCUUUGUUAGGGUUUUGUAUUGUUGAAGAAGAGAGACUGUUGGUUUAUAAGCAUAUGCCUAAUGGUACUUUGUAUUCUCAACUGCAUGGGAGUGGAUUUGGUGUUAGUCCCUCUGGUGUUUUGGAUUGGCCUGCUAGAAUUAGGAUCGGUGUUGGUGCAGCUAGAGGGCUUGCUUGGCUCCACCAUGGCUGCCAACCACCAUAUAUGCAUCAAUACAUUAGCUCCAAUGUGAUACUUAUUGAUGAUGAUUUUGAUGCUAGGUUUACGGAUUUUGGACUGGCAAGAUUGGUCGGUUCUCGUGAUUCUAAUGACAGUUCUUUUGUCAAUGGAGAUUUAGGGGAAUUUGGUUAUGUUGCUCCUGAGUACUCAAGCACUAUGGUUGCCUCACUGAAAGGAGAUAUUUAUAGCUUUGGGAUAGUGCUUUUGGAAUUAGUUACAGGACAAAAGCCAUUGGAAGUUAGUAAUGCAGAGGAAGGAUUCAAAGGGAAUUUGGUGGACUGGGUUAAUCAUUUAGUGAGCGCGGGUCGAAGCAAGGAUGCCAUUGAUAAAGCUCUAAUUGGGAAAGGUCAUGAUGAUGAGAUUAUGCAGUUCCUGAAGAUUGGCUGGAGUUGUGUGGUUUCUAGGCCAAAGGAUAGGCCUUCUAUGUUCCAAGUCUAUGAGUCCUUGAAGGUCAUGGCUGAGAAACAUGGUUUCUCUGACCAGUACGAAGAAUUCCCAUUGAUCUUUGAUAAACAGGAUUCUGAAUAUAAAGCGUAGCUGUGGCGUAUCAAGAAACUCAAAUAACCUUUGUUAUCCUUAUGAGAAUAGAAGCUUAGGGCAUCUCUGCAUUCUGUGCUAUGUCAUGGCAUACCUUUUAAGCAAAUGAUUAUGCUUUCCCACUUAAAUAGGUUUCCCUGUUCUUAUGCUCACAUGUUGGAUAAUUCUGUAUAUUGCAUCAAGAUUCAAGAAUCGUGCACUGUACCUUUGUUGUAGCCUUAAUGCAGUUCAGGAGAUUUCUGUUGUCAUCAGUCACAAAGUUGUUUCUGAACAUUUGUUGUUUGUAAUAUGCCUAUUUCCAUAGUUUUGAAGUUUCAUGCUACACAACGGAUGAUGGCUAGCUGGUUGCGUAUUUUGUUACCAUUCUUAUCAAUUAUCCUGGAUUCGAUGGUGCAUCUGUUAAAGCUAAUCUUUUUCCAAUUUCUAAAACUUGUGACUUCAGAAGUUAUUCUAUCAAGGGUUCUAACUGGCCAGUAUAUAACAUCAAGGACUUUCCUACUAAUGUUUGUAUUUCUGGUGACCGAACCAAGAAAGUUUGUUUGAGACAUCUUUACAGAGGCUGAUUGAACUCGACUGAGUGCGUAACUAGAGAGCUUGCAGGAGUUCUGAAGUCUUUUUCUUGAAGGAGCUUCAGUUUCAAGAAUUUGAAGUGUCUGCAAAGCUAUUGGAUAAAUAGCUCAGUGUUCGAGUAUUCACCUUCAUAAUAUAUUAAAAAGAGCUUAAUGGUAGCCGUAUUUCUUUGUUGUUUUGAGACAGCAUCGAUCAGGGGUGAUUUAUCAUUUUUUUAUUUACUUUUUUCUAUUCAGUAAACCAAGAUCUUGAGCCUCAUCUCUGUAAGAUCUGUCGUUGUUAAUAGAUUUUAGUGUAAGUAUCUCUCGACUAGAGUUUUAUUCAUAUUUUCUCUCCUUUAAUGGAAUAA